AUGGCACUGUUGCAGUGGAAAUUCGAAAUAUCUCGUCUGGUGGUACAGGAUUUCACCGAGAACGACAAGGGUACCUACACCUGUAGCAGAAAGGGCACUGUCGUGGGAGCACCUAAUCCAACACCUGGCAAGGUUGAUCUCAUCAUGCGUCCUAGACUGCUCGCCGAAUUUACCUCACUGUCACGCACUGAGACGGACGAGGUAGUGAUGAUGGGUCACCGAGUGAGUGUGCCCCUUGAAGAAGGUCUGGAGGGACGUCUUGUUUGUCGCACAAAUCCUACUUUCAACGGGCCCAUUCGAGUGACCUGGUUCUACCACGGACGCCAGUUGAUUGGGCCCGCUGCAUCGAUGUUGGAAGAGCUCGAUUUGUCCACCAUCUCGGAUCAGAAGGAGAGGAAGAAGAAGAGUCGACAAAGACAGUCAUACACCAAGGAAGAGGGACUGUCGAUGGAGGGGAGAGGAGGCGGCUCUUUGAAGAAGAUUCCAGAUGCGGUCUUCAGGCCGGCUGUGGUAGAUCCGGCUGAACUAGGCGUCUCGUUGGAAAAUAACUCACAGGUGAUCCCAUUAAAAACAUCUUUUCCCAAAACAUCUCUUUUUCAAGCAAGAAGCGCUAUCAUACCUUCAGAAAAUAAUGAGGUGUAG